AUGAGCGGUGCCAGGAAAUCCCCUGGACGCAAGCGCCGCAGGCUGUUCAAAAGUCUCGAGAUCCCUGAUAACAAGAUCUAUGAUGGGCUACAUGAGGCUGCUGUGCGACGUGCGCAGUCUGCGGGAACCGACACAGACGCACAAGAAAUUCGGAGUUUGCGAGCGCGAUCUCGAUCUGUCGACUAUUCUGAGCCGUAUGCUGACGACAGCGGCAUUGUCGCGGAAUCGGGCAAGCCUGGCGAAAAGCUGGUGCUGAAAAUCAAAUACAACGGAGACGGUGAAGUCAUUCAGAUGAAAAAUCCACAGAAGGGUGUUUACGAGGUAGGAGAAGAGGAGCUUGAGCUGCCUUUUCGCGGACUUUUCUCUUUUGAGGACGCAAACACCUACUACACGCGGCCAACUAUGGAAUUCAGAGCUCUGUUCGCCAAAAUGAAAACCGAGAGCGAAAGUUCCAGACAUUUGCAUGGAGACUUAUCUCUUGUCAAAAAACUCACUAGCGAGGAAAAGCUAGCUCAGCAGGACUACGAGCUGCAAACCUCGACCGUCUCCAAACUGCGCUGUGUGCAUUUCCGAAACUAUGAGAUAGACACAUGGUUCAAGUCGCCGUAUCCGCAACAGUACUCGUCCAACUACGUGUUGCAUCUGUGCGAGUACUGCCUCAAGUAUUUUUCGUCCUCCUUUACGCUGCGAAGGCACGAGAAAAAAUGUCCUUACUCGCAGCGGCCGCCUGGAACAGAAAUCUACCGCACUUCUCGCUUAGCCAUGUUUGAGAUAGACGGCCGCAAAAACGUGGUAUACUGCCAGAAUCUGUGUCUGUUUGCCAAACUCUUCCUCAACUCGAAAACGCUCUAUUAUGACGUAGAGCCGUUUAUGUUCUACGUUUUGUGCGAAAUCGACGAGGACGGGUAUCAUUUUGUCGGGUAUUUUUCCAAAGAAAAGCUGAACGGAACCAACUACAACCUGAGCUGCAUUCUAACCCUACCAAUCUAUCAGAGAAAAGGGUACGGAAACUUUCUUAUAGAUUUUAGUUAUCUCUUAUCUCGCAGAGAGUUUAGGCUUGGCACCCCGGAAAAACCACUUAGCGAUCUGGGACUGUUUAGCUACCGGAACUACUGGAAAAUAUCCGUUGCAAAGGCCCUCAAAUUGCUUGUGAAAGCUGAGAAGGCACACCAGGUCUCGGUGGACGAUAUUUGCAACCUUACAGGAAUGAUCCACAAUGACGUCAUAGUCGGGCUCGAGCAGCUCAAUGCCCUGGUUAGAGAUCCUGAAACGGGGAAGUACGGUAUUUGGAUAGACAUGGGGCUUGUCAACAGGGUCCUCUCUGAGUGGAAAGAGAAGAAUUACGUCCAGAUCAAGCCGGAGCAACUAUUGUGGAAGCCGGUGAUUUUGGGCCCGUCUGGAGGAAUCAACACCACGUCCACUAUGGUCCUUACUAGCGACCGCGAAAACGACGAAAAAACCUCUAUGCCUAACAUCUCGCUAAUCACCAAUUUCCUGCGCGACGACCUUGAAGAUAAUCGCGAUUUGGAGAUACAGACACUGGAUAAGAUAAAGUCUGAAAAACUGGAGUUUAAUUUUGACAGGUCUGUGGUCUGCUAUCCGGGGAGAACCUUUACAAGGUCUGAGCCGGUGAGUCCCGAACAGGCUCCCAAGUCCGAGCCAGCAGACCCAGACCCUUUUGGCAUUGACGUCGCGCAAAGCUCGUCCGAUGACGAAUUUAUUGAUACCGCAAGUGACUCAUCUGUGUGA